UACAAAAAUAUAUAUUAUUAUGGAAUUCCAAAGUAGAGAGCAGGCUGAUAAUGCCAAACUUGUUAAAGCUCAAAGUCACAUAUGGAAUCAUAUUUUUAAUUUUAUAAAUUCUAUGUCUCUUAAAUGUGCUGUUGAGUUAGGCAUACCUGAUGUCAUUCACAACUAUGGCAAACCUAUGCCACUUUCACAACUCGUUGCUUCAUUGCAAAUCCAUCCAUCAAAAACCUCCUUCGUCCAUCGAUUGAUGAGAAUCUUGGUCCAUUCAAACUUCUUCACUACCAAGGAUGUCCCCAGCAACGACCUCGAAAUUGAAAUUGGGUAUGUUCUAACCGAUUCGUCUAUGUUGUUGCUUAAGGACAACCCUUUAAGUCUGUCGCCUCUUGUGGCUGCCAUGCUUGAUCCCAUUAUGAUAAAACCAUGGAACCAGAUGUCUACUUGGUUUAAAAAUGAUGAUCCUACACCAUUUGUAACUGAAUAUGGGACGCCAUUUUUUGAUUAUGCAAGCCAUGUGCCUAAACUCAAUGAAAUUUUCAACGAUGCCAUGGCAAGUGAUGCUCGAUUGGUUAGCAAGUUGUUAGUUGAUGACAAGUGCAAGGGAGUGUUUGAGGGUUUGGAAUCAUUGGUUGAUGUUGGUGGAGGCACCGGAACUGUCGCAAAGGCCAUUGCCAAAGCAUUCCCACAGAUAGAGUGCACUGUUCUUGAUCUUCCACAUGUUGUUGCCGAUUUGGAAAGAACUGGUAACCUCAAAUAUGUUGGAGGAGACAUGUUUGAGGCUAUUCCUCCUUCUAAUGCCAUCUUGUUGAAGUGGAUUUUACAUGACUGGAGUGACGAGGAAUGUUUGAAAAUAUUAAGGAACUGCAAAGAGGCACUACGCAUGAGCAAAGGCGAAGGAAGGAAGGUUAUUGUUAUAGACAUGGUGGUGGAAGAUGAGAACAGUGAUCAUGAGUCACUUGAAACACAACUCUUCUUUGACAUCAUGAUGAUGGUGGGCCUCAAAGGAAAGGAAAGAAAUAAAGAAGAAUGGGCCAACUUAAUAUUCUCAGCCGGUUUCGGAAACUACAAAAUUAUUCCAAUUCUAGGACUAAGGUCUCUUAUUGAGAUAUAUCCAUAGCAAUUUACCAUAUGAUAAUAUAUAGUUAUCUUUCUAUCAUUAAAAGGAGAGAUUAUAUAGAUAGAUAGCUUAAGUACACACGUGGUGAAUUCUAGUAUCACUAUGAUGAUUAUAAUAUAUAUAAGUGGAAUAACCCUUAUCAUG